AUGCCCUUGAUAAUUGCCAACAAACUCACAUUUAUUGAAGAAGAAGUCAUUUCUUUGAAUCUGGAUACUGUUGUUAAUUCUAAUCCAACUACUACCGUUGGCUCUCGUUAUUAUGAUAUUAUUUAUACAUCUUUUCAUUACAAUGCACCGCAUCUCUAUGCUUUCGAAUACAAUGGUAAUGAAAAAGCAUUAGCGUGUCUAAGAAAGAUUCUUGCUUUACAGCCAGAUUCGAAUGAAACAAUGGCACUAUUUAUUACAAAAUUCAAAGAACCAAUUGAUGAAGAAAAUGUAAAAGAAUAUGCAGUACAACUUGGUUCUAAUUAUUGGAAUUCAUAUUCCGAUGGACAACAAGAAACUGAUCAAACAGCGAUUCAUUUUCAUUUAAUACACGGUAAAAUACCAGAGAAUUAUGAAUCUCUAAAAGAUAACGACAGUGAAAGUAAUGUUCUUUCACAUAUAUUAAUCGAUCAACUGGCAAAGUCAGCUCAACCAUGGCUUUGA